AUAAUGUGGCAAAUCCUGCUCGUGUACGUGGCCUCGAUCCUCUGGUGUGAGAGUAUUUACUUCCACCACCUGGAAGCGGUCAGGCUCAACGCCACGGAGGAGGAGCGGCCGUACUUCAUCACCAUCAGCGAGACCAUGAGGGCACACCCCCUGGAGUGGUUGAUGGCAGCAACUGCCUACUCGGUGGUGCGCGUCGUCAUCUACGCGUGAUGGGUCCACCGAGUUGGCGACACCAUCAUCCAGAACCAGCUCGGGCUGGACCCGCUGUUGUUCGUGGUGGGGUCGGCUGUGAGCACUGUGGUGGCCGUAGUGUCUCUGGAGAUGGUGGUGAUCUUCGACACACAUCGACACCGUAACACGCACUACUUCGCCGCGGGCCUGCACGGCGCAUCCAUCGGUGUGAGUCGGUACACAACUCUCCGCGGGUACGAAGCCAUCACCAGGCCGAAAAGAAUGUGGAAGAUCAUAAUCGUGUACAUGGCCUCCAUCUUCUGGUGCGACAGCAUAUAUAUUCGUCACCUGGAAGCAGUCAGACUGAACGCCACUGAAGAUGAGAGGCCUUGGCUCAUAACAAUAAGCCAGACUAUGAGAGAGUGUCCCAUCGAGUGGUUCCUGGCGGCAGUUGUGAACUCGGUGGUGCGCGCCGUGAUUUACUGGAAAUGGGUCCGCCGAGUUGGCACCGCAAUAUUCGACAACGAGCUCGGGCUGGGCCCCCUCUUGUUCUUCGUGGCCUCUGCCGUAAGCACUGCCGUGGCAGUGGUGUCCCUGGUGAUGGUGGUGCUCUGGGACACGCACGGACACCGCAUAGCCCACUACUGCGCCGCAGGAGUGUAUGGCGCCGCGAUCCGUUCCACACGUUACGCCACACUUCGCGGGUACGAAGCAGUCGCCACGCCGCAAGAGGCCAUCCUCAUCCCGACCAUGUCUUCGACCAUGCAGCGAAGUUACGUCGGCUGGCUGUGCAGCGCGGUCGUGUACGCAGCGUCCAGGUCGUGGCUGGGCAUCCUCGUGAUGGACAGCUUCUUCCGGCGUGCGGUGAACAACCCCCACGCCCUGGAUAUCAUGCGUGCCGCGGCCUUCUUUAUGCUAUUGACUCUCGUCUCCGCGUGCUCUCUUCCGUACGUGGUCAUGAGGGACACCCGGUCUUUUGCCAUAGACCACUGCUCGUUGGUAGUCAUUUUGUUCGUUUUCGCGGACUGGGCAAGGACCUACGGUGCCGAGGCUCUUGGAGAAGCUCACCUUCCGGAGGAAGCCUGGCUGGAACAAACUUACGGUUGGCUGGCCUGGCUGACAGGCUACUUCUCUCUCGGCGCCUGGUGUUGUUUCGCAACGCACAUUAUCGUCGAUUUCGAUGGCAGUGCCUCGUUCGUCGGCCUCUGCGAGUUGCUCAUAGCGACUCUCGACAACAUGAUGAUGCUCAUGAUAGCCAGCAUCGCCGUUUAAGAAGGAACGCUUAGUUUUAUGUACGGUAGUUGUAGUUUGUACAGUUGUGUUGUAUAUAGUUCUAUGUGCAGU